UCUUUCGUUCUUUUUUCCCUUCUUAUCUUAUUUUCGUUAGAGAAUGGAUAGGUUCUUCAAUCUUCUGCUUAUUAAAAUGUAGAUAGAAAAGUGAGAUCUCUCUUUGGUUGGCUGUAUAUUCCCGGGGUUGCUGGUUUUUUAUAGGCGACCGGAUUCCAACUUGCAUAGUUUCUGGGAUGGCAUCUCCAUUAUCAUAGUUAAUAUAAUUCGAAGGUUUAUUGGUGAAGAUCAACCUGCUGAGCUAUGGAGGGUUCUUGUAAAACAACAUUGAGCAAUGGUGAAUCGGCCAAUCAUAAGCUUCAAAUUAUUAGGUACCAACCCUGUAUCAAUCUAUCAUCGCCUUGGUUUGAUUUGAGAGUCUUCUACGUGAGGAUCAGCCAUUUCCAUGUUGACGAUUCAACCCCUGAGUUUCUUACUCUGAAUCAUAUUCCUCUAAGCCCUGACACUGUUUUGGAAGUCAAUGGUGCUAGAAGUAGCAGUUACUCUGAUGGAGUCUGUUCCCUUCUUAGAAGGAACCGGGUAGAUAAGAAAUCAGAAGAGGCCACCUUUGUGGGCACAGACAGUAUAAGGUUGACAGGGAGUGUGAAAUUCGAGGUUUUCGAUAAAGAAGAUCUCAUUCUCUCUGGGGUUUUGGAGAUGUCUAAUAGCAAUGGUUUCGUGGGGGAAUUGAAAAACAGCACCAAACGGUGGAAUAUGAAUUGUGAACCAGUGAUCACCGCCGGCGCUGGAUUCUUAAAGGGGAAACAACUAGGUGGCCCUGAGUUUUCGACACCAACAAUGGAGGUUUAUGUCGCAGGUUGCUUUUCUGGAACACCUAUCAUCUUAACCAAGACUUUACAACUGGGUUUUCGAAAGAAGCACAACAGGAAUGGCAUGUUGGAUGUGAUUCCAGAGUAUGAGACUACUGAAUCCCACAAAAAUAUGUCCCCUGAAGAUCUGCAGGUGGCGGAAAAUGAAAAUGAAAAUGAGUACAAUAACCUGUCUUGGAGGACGGAAUACAUAGAUGGUGAAGAUGGUGAAUUGUCCUGGUUCAAUGCUGGUGUGAGAGUUGGUGUUGGGAUUGGGCUUGGUGUUUGCCUUGGAAUCGGAAUCGGAAUCGGGUUGCUAGUCCGAACAUACCAAUCAACUACACGAAACUUUCAUUAGACCUUACCAUACACCAGGUUUCUUCAAAAUCCAAGCUCCAACUUGCAGGGGCUGGUUUUGACCCAGAAAUUAUCUGUGUAGCUAACUCUGUUAAUUUUGAAUGAUUUUGCAGCCAUAAAAUUUUAGUGAAAGGUAUGAUAGAUAACCAGUUCCUGCUGUAAAUGAAUGUCUAAAUAUUUUUUGAAGUUGUAAAGAACGGCAAAUGUAUGCCAGUUAAUGAAAGAUUAUCACAAGAUAAGGUAUGACACAAGCAUUCAAGGA